AUCACAAAAUAUGUCAGAUUUUUCUUUUUAUUUUCAUUUUUACGGAUUGGAUUUGUAUUUAUAAUUAAGUUUGAAAACUCAGUUUAAACAUAUUCGUCUGACGUAAGUGAGACAUGUGAUACAAACCUUACUGGGCAUGCGCGGCAUUAAAUAACAUUUGGCGGGGACAGUUCGCUUUUGCUGUUUUUCUUGCGUUAUAUAUGUAUAUAUAUGUCAUCAGUUCAUGCUUUUUAAAACUGGACAAUAAUGGUUGAAGGUCCCGGGUGUACGUUGAACGGAGAGAAAAUCCGAGCAAAAGUGUGCAAGGGUCAGAAAUUAAAGGAUAUCAGAGGAAGUUUGACAACAACAUCUGCGAACAAGUCUGAGGGCAAUGUUUUCCGUUGUCUUGUGGGGUCUCCAUAUACAGGGGUCGAGACUCUGGGAAAAGAACUCUUCCUGUAUUUUGGCUCGAGAGCACUAAGAGUUCACUUUGGCAUGAAUGGAUCAAUGCGAAUAAACCCUGCUGAGAGGAAGGAUAAGAGUAGCUCCGUCCCGCUGCUGGAAAUACACUUGACUAACGACACUGUGUGCUUCUUUGACAGCACUGUGGAAAUAAGGUUGACUGAGGACUGCGAACAGAGGGUGAAAGCGCUGCACAUACUGGAUGUGUGUUCACCCAAGUUCAGCUUUUCUCGAUCGGUGGAGGCGGUGAGAAGUCAGAGGAGCAGGAUGCUGUGUGACGUUCUCCUCGACCAAGCCGUCAUGCCAGGAGUGGGCAACAUCAUUAAAAAUGAAGCCCUGUUUGACUCUGGCUUACAUCCAGCAGUGAAGGUUCAGCAGCUGACGGAAGAGCAUAUCCAGCACCUGGUGAAGAUGACGCGGGAUUUCACGCUGCUUUUUUAUAAGUGUCGCAAAUCUGGCUCUCCACUUCACAAACAUUACAAAGUCUACAAGCGACCCCAGUGCAACCAGUGCUCUCAUGUCAUCACAGUUUGUCGUCUUGGAGACAAUGGCAGGAUGACUUACUUCUGUGAGAGCUGUCAGAUCAUGGAUCCCAGCGGAGUUGACGUCAGAAAACUCCCUGUGAGGAACAGUCUGAUUGGCUGGGUCUGUAGCGAGGGAGCCAAUGAGAGGGUCGCUCGGAAGGAGGAAGAAGACUGGGCCUGCCAGCUCUGCACGCUCAUCAACCCGCCAGCAGCGAAAGCCUGCGACGCCUGUCUCUCUCCCAGACCGGAAGUCCAGACCGAGGAUACAGACCGGGAGGCGACACCUUUCACCACAGAUCUGAUCAAGUUCCCCUGCAUUGCCUUCAAGAAACCACAGGUGGAGCGCAAAGUCAACUGGAGGUCGGCGUUCGGGACCUCCACUCUUGUUUUCUCCGACUUGAGCCAGAAGCCCGUGAACCCCUCGCCGCCCCCAGCAGGCGGUCAUUUGAAUUCUUUGGCGGCGAAGCGGGGUUUGGAUAAAUACAGCAUGGACCAGGGGACAACCAGCCCCAAUUAUGCCUCUGGUGGCUGGCAGCAGCAAAGUCGCUCAGAUGGGGAGGCUCUGGCCUCCCACAGUCACCCAUCCAAGAAAAUGAGGAUUGAUCACAGUCCCUUCCUCGGUAACAAUCCUCACAACCGAAGCGCAAACUCAGGCAUUCAAAAGGCAGGGGAGAAGAACAGCGGCUCCCUGGCGGCGGCCAGUCCCAGCGCUCCUUGUUGUGCCUCCCAUCGUCGUCCUGCUGCUCUCCGAGUGGUCCACAAGGAGGGGGACAAUAAAGGACGGCAGUUUUAUGUCUGCGCUCAGCCCAGAGAGAAGAAGUGUGACUUCUUUGAGUGGGCCGACUCGCACUUUCCUUUCUGCCACCACGGGAAACGGUGUAUAAUGAGGACGGUGCUGAAGCUGGGCCCCAACAACGGACGCAACUUCUACACAUGCAGCAUUAAAAAAGGUAAACAGUGCGAGUUCUUCCAGUGGGUGGAGAACGGACCCGGAGUUUCCAUCCUUCCCGGCUGCUGAAGCUCAUCAAAAGACCAGGAAACUGGAGCUGCUGCUGCCAAGUGACACGUAUAGAGUUGACUUCUCAAUCAUGGACUUCUUGUCAUACUCCUGUGCAACUGGGUGGGAAUAACAAUGUAAUAAAGUAUUGGCACAUCCAAUCAACAAAGCAUUUAUUUCUCCGCACAUUCCACUGGACACAAGUAUUAAAACAUGUUAAAUGGAUCGGAAUGAAGGGCUUUAAAAACAGUCCACAGAGUUCAGGAACGGUGCGUCGGACUGGGAGUUGGACACCAUGUAGUGGAACUGUGAGAGACUUGGCGCUUUGUUGCACGCAGCACCUGCAGGUGAAACACAGAAACAAUUCGUGUCAAAAAGAUAUGUUUUUGUUUUUACUGAUGAAUAUAAGCGUAUAUUUCAGGAGAACAUUCACUCGUAUUGUAUUUGUUGCUACUUGAUCUUCACGCUUCAGUCGCUGAUGUGUACAAUUCAACACUAACAGGGGAGCUUGCUCUUGUAUUUCUUACUCUGUUCAAGUGGAAGCCCAACUGUAUUAAGUAAAAAUCAUAAUUAUUAUGUUAAAAUAAUAGACAUGUUAUUGACGCUGAGCAGGGGCAGGGUUAGAGUGGGACAUGGGUAUCAGUACUGUUAUCAUUAUUUACUUUUUUUCUUUAAAGACAUAGUAUGAUAAAUGUAUAAAAAAAUCUAAUGAAAUACUUGCCAUGAAGAGCAUCAUUUCUAACUUUAAACUUAAAAAAAAAGACGUGUAGGAGACGUUGACAACCAUUGUUGAUAGAAUUUGACAUAUAUUGCCUUCUUGUGUAGCUCUGACAGGAAGUCAUCGUGCACUCAUGCUGACACCAUGAACCUUCAGCCUUCUUCUGCCCCAAACAUUGCAAGUUCCAAAUCAUUCUCACCCCAUCACUAGAAAUGUCAUCAAUGUUUUAAUGUACCAAAAAAAAAAAAGUUUGAUCUGGGCCAAGACGCUCUUCCUCUGGCUGCCGAUUGUGGCUUCAUUAAUAUGGCACACUUGUUUUCUCUCUUGACAGACUUUAGAAUUCCAAUUAUAUUAUUCUCGCAGACCAGAGGAACGCUGAUGUAUUUCACUGCCACCCCGAGACAUUAAGACUGAAAUGAUUUUCAUGGGGAGGGGGAAAAAAAAACAUGCAGUGAAGGGAGGUUGUGUUAACUGACAAGAAAUUAUGUUGGCUGGUCAUAAUACUCUGCUGCUUUCUCGGAGAGGGAAUGCAUGUUCAUGAUUCCUGAUCACGAAGAGCCCUGCAUCUCUGAGGAAGUUGUAGACACCACCAGACAACUUGUUUGAGUUUCCACAGAUGGAUGCCGGAGAAAUCCCUGCCUCUGUAUCAGACGUUUGUUUUGCCGGCGAGUCAGGUAGUUCUGGCACACGCACCACCGCUCUCCCCCAACCCUCACCGUAAUGGCCCGUCGUGUUGGCACAGAUAAUGGCACCGAAGAACUCCGAGUGAUGCCUCUUUAUUCGGGAGAUGGCCGUCUUGCAGGCGGCGGAGGGAUCCGCUCCAGCCCUCAUCAGCUCCACGGCCAAGAAACUGUUGGCAGCAUCACAGACAGUCAACACCGGGGGGAGCUGAGGAGCGGACUGGGGACUUAAGAUGAGCGUGAUAACAGGGAGGAGCUCCGGGGCAGGUCAUGAGCUAAAUCUGGCCACUGUUAAACCUCUCAUUUGAUAUGAUAAGUGGUGCUUCUGGAAAGACUGUGGCGAGCACAACUGU